GCCCUCCACCUCUCUUUGUGCUGCAAACGAAGCCCAGGUAGCAGACCACGACGACCUAUGCCUCUCUUCCUGUGUGUCGACUGCGGCGGCUCGAAGACCUCUGUCGUCCUCGCGGAUAGCACCGGCAACCCAGUGUCGCGUGCACUGGGCGGGUCAUCGAAUUACUCAUAUCUCGGCCUGACACCAUUCAUUGCGGUCGUAAAAGAGACGGUGGAAGAAGCUCUGCGGGCAUGUGACCCUGCUGUAUUGGCUGUCGAACUUCCCGGACUUGAAGUGAAAGACCCGACAGAGUCUAUCCUUCCACCACCCGCAGGCCGUCCAUACUUCGCCGCCGCCUGGCUCGGUAUUUCGGGAUGCGACUCAGCCGGCGCGAUCGCCACACUCACCCCUCCGCUUGAGGCUCUACUCGGUGUCCGACCGCGCGUGGCGAACGACACACAUCUCCUUGCGGCCCCGAUGGCGCUCUACUCGGACGUGACUGGCGCCAUCGCCGUAGUCGCGGGGACAGGCGGCAUCGUCGUCAGCUUCCGGGAGCCUACGCAGAGGAAGGAUGUGCCCACGGUUAGUGGCUCUGCGAACGCAGCUGACGCUCUUGGAUUGGAGGAGCUGGGCCGUGUGGGCGGAUGGGGAUGGAUACUGGGAGACGAAGGCGGUGGCUUCCAUGUGGGCCGCGAGGCGAUCCGCCAGGUACUCGAGGAGGCGGACCGUGCUAGCGUGGAGGAACAACCCGCUCAGGUCAACGGAGGGUCUGUAGGGAAGCCAUGGGGCCUCAAGGGCCGCCUCCUGCAGCGCUUCGGCAUCACCGACAUCUACGAGCUGCUAACUAUCGUGCACCUCCCGGAUCCCCCGGCAGCGGGCAGCGCGUCCAAAACGGAUCCGAACCCGGUCCUGCUUCCACGUGAGAAGCGCCUCUCAUCCCUCUCGCCGCUCGUAUUCGCCGCGGCUUUCGAGGACCGCGACCCACUCGCACUGAACGUACUGAAGACGACGAGUGGCGCCUUAGUCGACCAAAUCUGCGUACUGCUGCGGCCCGAGGGCGACGGGGGUAAGGCGCGCACCAUCCGUGCGUCGGAGAGCAUUCUGUGCCUGGGCGGCUCGCUGUCGGGGCUGGACACGUACCGUGGGCUGAUGCUGGACGCACUGGGGGAGCGCGGGCAUGUUUUCAAGCAUGUGCAGGUCGUUGACGAUGCGGCGGCGGUGGGUGCGAAGGCGUUGGCAGUCGCGUCGCGCGCACAGAAUGCGUAGGGACUCGUGCGAAAUGGAAAGCAAUCUUCGCCCAUGUAAUGUACAGUGUUGUAUUUCCACUGGGAGGGUCCUAGGUUCAACUAUGGCGAACACAAACUACUAUUGAAGCGC